CAUUUGUCAGUAAUAUUGUUUGGCGUAUAAUUUCUAAAUAAUUUUGCCAAAACAAAUCCUCAAAUAUCAAGAAAAUAUUAAUGCAUUCGUAAAAUAAUCUACCUCAGUGAGUUUUCAAGUUAUCAUAAGUGAGUGAUGCAAACAAUAUUUUAGAAGUAGGUCAUUUCGCAUAACGGAUUUGGUUACCGAGUAUUUGUGCUGCUUGUGUUGAACCUGAAUACUGAAUUCAUGAUAGCAGCAGCGAGUGGAAAUGGCCGAAAAUGAUGAUUAUUUAGACUCGAUUGACAACAAUCAUUUAGACGGAACCAACGGUUCCCUCAAUAUGACCGAUAGCAGUCUCGGGGGUGGUGAUGAAGCUGCAGGCAACGAGGUGCCUGACCUCGCGGCCAUCAAGGCCCGCGUGCGGGAGAUGGAAGAGGAAGCUGAGAAGCUCAAACAGAUGCAGACAGAGGUUGACAAGCAAAUGAGCAUGGGCAGCCCACCGGGACUCACGAGUCCCCUGAAUAUGUCGAUUGAAGAGAAGAUUGAGGCUGACAACAGAUCAGUGUAUGUGGGCAAUGUAGACUACGGAGCUACUGCUGAGGAGCUGGAACAACACUUCCAUGGAUGUGGAUCUAUUAAUAGGGUUACAAUCUUAUGUAAUAAAUUUGAUGGCCACCCUAAGGGCUUUGCCUACAUAGAGUUUGGUGACAAAGACAGUGUACAGACUGCUAUGGCCAUGGAUGAGUCAUUAUUCAGAGGACGUCAAAUUAAGGUGAUGCCCAAGCGCACGAACAAGCCGGGCCUGUCGUCCACCAACCGGCCACCGCGGGGGCUGCGCGGGCGCGGCCGCUCCUUCCGCGGCGGGUUCUCGCCGUACUACUCCGGGUACCGACCCGUGCGGCGCGGCAGAGGCUUCAGGCGCGGCUCGUAUUACUCCCCGUACUGAGUGCGGUAGGGGCGCCGCCGCCUCAGCCCGCUUUAAGUGCAAGUGCGGUUAUAGCUAAGUUAUGUGCGCUGAGCGGACUCCACCGAGCCACGCCGCUCGCCCGGACUUUAGCUCUAUUUCAUUGUAUCAACACACUUUGGCAUAGCUGAAAUCAGCCGUUUAAUGUUUAAAAGUAUUAUAAUGUCUUUUGCCUUUGUCAUGAACAUUUCAUGCAUUAUUUUUAUUAGACGUAAGUGAUGCUGCUCUCAGACGUUCCAAAGUGUUCAGUGCUGCUUGUAAAAGUUAAUUUAUAGGUAAGAUACCUCAUUUUACUGCUCCGCCGUAUAAAUUAAGAAUUACCGAUCGAUAAUGAAUUCAAUUUUAUUUGUAUUAUUAUAUGAAUGAUUUUAAAUGAACUAGCUGUUGUGUUGUGCUGUUUUACAUCAUAGAAGAGUUUUAAAUAGGAAAUCUAAGAUCGAGACACAUUCAAUUGAUUCCUAUGCAGUAGAUGUUAUGGAAACCUAGCAAUAAGACACGUUAUCUCAACAUUGGUUAGAAACUGUUUUGUACAUAAUCCAUUGGAGUUCACAUCACAAGUGCAUACUUAAAAUAAAAUGUAGGUAGAACGCUAGCUUCAUUCAUAAGUCGUGACACGAUUAGCAAGUUAAUACAGAGUGUAGCAUAAAAAAUAAGAAUAAAUAGUAAUAUUAUAGCAGUAGAUCAAGCAGAUAGUAAAAAAGUUAAAAUGAAGUGUACCAAUAUUAAUUCAACAUAACAGUUAUGUUAUUUGGACUGAGGUAAUUACAAACUAAUUAUAUACGCAACCGAUUUCUAUAGUUACAACGAUAUUGUUGGAUUGUAUAAAUUGAUUAUGAAGAAUGGAUAAAAUUUAAGGUAAAUGAGACUAUUUGACUUGUACUGAAAUGAAACAUUUAUUCAUUCUUCAAUAUCCAGAGCUAUUUAUCACAAGUACAAUGUAAUGUACCUUAUUCCUGUUGUCUUAUAUUUCCUGUUUAGUUUCUAUGGGUGUUGAAAUUAGCAUACUGAAUUAUGAAAAGAAAUGACGAAGCAAUAAGUUACAAAAAUGGAAAAAUAAUUAAAAUGUGCUGGAUAAGAAUAAUUUAAGAAUAACGUUAAGAAACAA